AUGACCGACAAUCCCGCAAAGCUGCCCCCGCAGAUCGUAGUUCCCAGUCAGCCUGCCGCUCUCGCCGCGCCCGCCACCCCCGUCAUCAAGGGCGAGGUCGCCGCCAACGCGGCCGAGACGGCGGAUGAGGAGCCCUACACCAUCAAGUGUAUCUGCAACUUCACUGACGAUGACGGAAACACAAUCUACUGCGAGACUUGCGACUCGUGGCAGCACAUCGAGUGCUUCUACCCCAACAACAGGGACGAGGCAAUCCGAGAGGACUUUGCCCACUCCUGUGCCGAUUGCAAGCCACGGCCCCUCGACCGGCAAGCAGCCCUCGAGCGAGCGCAGAUGCUGAGGAAUGCCGUCGUCAAGGAGCAGGCGGGCGGCAAGAAGCACAAGAGGCCCCCGAAGAGCCACAAGAAGAAGGCGAAGCCCGCCGACGUGCUGACCAACGGCACCAACGGCCACAGCGGUCCGUCGGAGAAUGGAAAGCGUGUCGGCCCCGGCGAGCAGCCGCCGCCGUCGAAGAAGUCGAAAACCUCGCAUCGCCACUCGCACUCCAUCGGCUCCCUGCCGUCCAAGCGCAGCCCGUCGUACGGGAAUUCCCGCUCCAACCUUGCCCACCCUCCGAGCCCUGCCACGACCCCUCCCGACCUCCCCGACGAUUUUAUGAUACACCAUUACUCGGACGGCUUCUAUUCCCUAUACAACGAAAGCCCCGUCCCCGACAGCCACAACAAUGCAUUUGCCAGCAUCGCUAUACCGGCAGCCCUCGGCCGCUGGCUGCGGGAUCCCGCCACGAUGAAGAAGGAGGUUGGCCGCACGCGGGCCGAGGUCUUUCACGAGCAUCCUCGUACCCCCGCCGAGGCGAUACCCAGGCUGGAAGUCGAGGACUCGACGCGGACCUCGGCCGCCGGAGCGACGCUGCGGUGGCGCUUCGUCAAGUCCACGGCGCCGGUCAAGAAGGACGUUCCGCUGAUUGAGCUCAACGGGGAGAUUGGAUUUCAGAAGGACUACUGCGCGAACCCCGAUAACCUCUGGGCCGAUCUCUCAUCCCCUCUCCCCUUCGUCUUCUUCCAUCCGAUUCUCCCCCUCUACAUCGACACCCGAAAGGAGGGCUCUCUGGCGCGCUACAUUCGAAGGAGCUGCAAGCCAAACGCCCAGCUGGACACGCACCUGUCGGCCGGCUCGGACUACCACUUCUGGCUCGUGAGCGAUCGCUUCAUCUCGGAAAACGAGCAGAUCACCUUGCCUUGGGAUUUCCGACUCGAGAAGAGCGUUCAUUCCCGAUGGCUGAACCUUCUUGGCCUCAGCGAGGACGACGCCGCCCUCCGGCACGAGCCGGAGAUGGACGAGUCGGAGUACAAUGCGAUUAAGAAUUGGAUUGACCGCAUCCUGUCCGAGUAUGGGGGCUGCGCCUGCGAUCUCGAGAACAACUGCGCCUUUGCCCGAUUCCACCGCCGGUACAUCUUUGGGAAGAACCAGGGUCGUCCGGCCAAGAAGAAGGCUCGAAAGUCGCGGAACCACACCAUCUCCCCCACCAGUACCGGGCAGGCGACCAACAGCCCGGCCGCCAGCGAUGGCCGCGUGGACGACAACGCCGAUUCCGACAUCAAGCAUGAACCGACGGCGUCGCGCAGCAACCUCCUUGCCCGGGACCGAGGACCCUUUCCGCUCGGUCAAUUCGACAAGCUGGGCAUAUUGACGGAGCCGACCGAUCGCGACAAGAGAAAGGUUGCCAUGGUGGAGGAUUCCUUUCGCCGCAUGGAGCAAGCGCAGCCUCCGCGCAAGAAGAAGCGGGUAUCCGAUGGCACCACCGCUUCGACGUCAUCCAAGCCCAAGCCGCGGACCGGUUCCACGGGCCCGCCGGCCACCGGCGCCGACGGCAGCGUGCCGAGGAGCAAAUCCGGUUCGCCGGCCGCCGGUGCACAAUCAAACGGUGCGGCGCACCCCGGCAAGCCAGGCGCGCCGCGGAAAUUCUCCUCGGCCCUGGCUCGGCCGACGUACUGCGACGUGAGCAUCCAAACAGAUCCCGUGGAAGGCGAAUGGUUCAGCGGUGCUUGCAAAUCCCGCGGGAGCAAGAAGCGAGUCAUCUCACUCUCGAAGCGGCUGUUGAACAGCAGGCUGAAGAACCACGUCGAGGAGAAGGAGGUGCAGAAGGAAGUGCAGAUGGAGGGGCCGAGCGAGAAGCCGAAAGAGGAGCCGACCGAGGAGCCGGAGGAUGAACGGAAGGACAUGUCCGACGACGUUCCCAGCGAGAGGCCGAAGGAGGAGCCGAGAGAGGCGCAGAACCUGCAAUCGCUGCCUCUGCCGAACGCCGCCGAUGCCUCCGCGCACGUGGAUCUGCCUACGAGGGAGCGUGAGCCGUCGACUCUGUCCUGCCCCGCCGGUGCCGGACCCAGUCUGUCGCAUGCGGGCGAGGAUCAACCACACACAGGUGCACCCGCAGCUGCGACUUCGACGACGAGGAGCGGCACGGGGUCGCGCGGAGCCAUGAAGACGCCCGACCUCGGAAUUCAAAUACCUCCCGUCCCUGCAUUCGACAACAGCGCGCUUGCCACGACGCCCCUGCCUGUCACGAGCACGAGCGCGACGGUGCAAUCACCGUCGUGCAGCACCCUGGCGAGUACGCUUCCGUCGCCGGUGGUCAGCAGUCUCGCCAUCAGCCCGAGCCCAGCCAAGAAGAAGCUUAGCCUCAGCGACUACACAAAGAGCAGGAUGAACAAGUCAGUGGGGAAAGCGGCCAGCGGGCUGGGUCUUGUGAAGCCUGGCCUGGCGAGCCUGGACGACAACGGGGUGGACGUCAGCAUGGCGCUGGCCAAGGCCGAGGACUUGGUGUCUCCCCCUGUGCCCGCGGCAACCAACGAUGCUUGA